AUGGUGCAGUCGCUGCGAGAGAAACACCCGGCUAGCACUGGCGAGGUACCACAGUGGGUCCGCGAUUUCACCGUCGAUACUGCUCAGCGGCCUUCACUCACGACCGACAUCCUGGCCAGAGCUAUCCAUACAGCCACUCGAGCUUCAGCAGCAGGGCCAUCGGGGUGGGUCACAGAGCCUCUGCGCGACACCUUCCUCACUGAACCUUCGUGCCUUUCCCACCUGUUGGAAGUGUUCAACCAAUGGGUGGCGGGACAGGUCCCCGAGCGGGCUCGGCCGUGGCUCGCCGCAUCCAACCUAGUCGAGCUUUCCAAGCCUAACGGCGACGUCCGGCCGGUGGCGAUCGGGGAGGUGCUUCUUCGUAUCCUUGCUCGAGCUCUCUACAUCUUGCUCCGCCCUCCGAUGGUUUCCUACUUCCUGCCGUGCAACCAGCUGGGAGCGGGCACCAGGGUCGGGGCGGAGAUUCUCGCUCAUUCUUUCCGGUCAGCGCUGGCCACUCACCCCGACUGCGACCUGUACCUCCGAGCAGGCCCUUUCGUACAGAGCCUCGAGUCAGCACGGGGAUCGAGGCAGGGGGACCCGCUCGGCCCUUUUCUUUUCGCGUUCACGCAGCAGCAGGUGAUGGAGCCGGUUACUAGGGAGUUCAAGGACCUGCUUUUCCUCAUCUAUGCAGACGAUACCUAUAUUUUGGGGCCAGCGGCUAGGAUUUUGGAGGCUUUUGGGGUGCUGCGGGAGCGGUUGGAGUGGGUGGGGCUGGAGGUGCAGGCGCACAAGUGCCGGUUUUGGGAGCGCGAGGGCAAGGAGGUGGAGCGGGCACUGCCAUUGGGGAUGCAGCGGGUGGAUGAGGGUCUUACUGUGGUGGGCAUGCCUAUAGGGGAGGAGGUUUGGGAGGUGGUCCGGCUACGGAAGCGGCUUCGAUAG